AUGGGUGGAAAAUGGGAGGCAGUGGUCAAGUCUCUCAAAUUCCAUCUGAAGGGGACGAUUGGAGAUGCUUUAUUGACGUUCGAGGAAUCAAUAACAUUGCUCGCGCAGAUCGAAGCCAUCCUCAAUUCAAGACCGGUGGAACCACUCAGCGAUGAUCCAGACGACAUCUCAGCCCUCUCACCAGGACAUUUCCUGAUCGGAUCGCAGAUUAACGCAGUGCCAGAGUCCACGUUUCUAGACUUCGCAGUCAACCGGUUAUCAAGAUGGCAAUUUCUUCAGCAACGCCUCCAACAAUUUUGGAGACUCUGGUCCACGCAGUAUCUUCAACGACUCCAAGCAAUUUCGAAGUGGCAUCACCCAUCAAAUGAGAUCAAGGUAGGAACUCUUGUUCUUAUUACUGAUGAACGCUUGCCCCCAGGGAAAUGGCCAAUGACACGGGUUCUCAAACUCCUGCCAGGCAAGGACGGAUUGACAAGAGUCGUUGAGCUCAAGACGGCCACCACGACGCUGACAAGGCCCAUCGCGAAGCUGGCCCUUCUUCAUCAGCCCUCUCAGGACAACUCGGACACGCAGACCACAUCAUCGACCAGUUGCUGA